AUGUAUAAUAAUAAUGAAAGCAGCGAAUUAAAAGAAAAAAAAAUAAAUGAAAUAAAUGAUAUAAAAGAAAUAAAUGAAAUAAAUGAAAUAAAUGAAAUAAAUGAUAUAAAUGAAAUAAAUGAAAUAAAUGAAAUAAAUGAAAUAAAUGAUAUAAAUGAUAUAAAUGAUAUAAAUGAUAUAAAUGAUAUAAAUGAUAUAAAUGAUAUAAAUGAUAUAAAUGAUAUAAAUGAUAUAAAUGAUAUAAAUGAUAUAAAUGAUAUAAAUGAAAUAAAUGAAAUAAAUGAAAUAAAUGAAAUAAAUGAUAUAAAUGAUAUAAAUGAAAUAAAUGAUAUAAAUAUAAUACCCUUUUGUAUUAAAAAUAUUUUAGAAUCUACACUUGGGGAAAAUAUACAUAAUGAAAAAUUUUUAACUGAGAAAAAUAAAGAAUUAAAUACCUUUAUUGAAAAUAACGUUCAUAUAAAUGUUUUUAAUGAAGAAGAGAAUGAAAAAAAUAUAGUUUACGAUGAUUUUGAAUUUAGUAACAUAAAUAAUGAAUGUUUUUCAAAUUACAGGAAUAAAAAUCAUGCAAUUAUAGAAUCAUUAAAUGAAAAAAAUAGUUCAAACAAUUCCCAUAUCAAACCAUUUGGAAGAGAAAAAAAAAAUAAAAAAAGAAAAAGAAAUUAUAUUAAUAUUAAUAAAUUAAAAUUUGAUUUUGAAAAUGAAGAUUUUGCUUCUAGUUCAAAUGAUGAGAUAGUAAAAAUUAAAUAUCAAAAUGGAAAUACAAAUAAUAAUUAUAUUAAUAUGGAAAAUAAAAUAAUUAAGGAUCUUGUUGAACCACCCCCAAUACCAUUUAAUGAAAAUUUUCAAAAAUUUAAUAAAGUAGUAAGUGAUUUAUAUCUUAAAUCAAAAAAAGAUGAUGAAACUAUAAAUAUUUAUUUAGCUUCCCAGUUUUUAUGUUUAAAAGAAGUAAACAAUUUUGUAAAUGAUAACUACUUUAUAAGUGACUACUUUGACAAAUUCAUAAUGAAGAAAUUAAAUAUUGUAAAUUCAUCUAAUGAAAAUAAUAUUGAUCAAAAUAAAGAUUUACAGGAAUUAUUAAAGUAUCUUAUGUCAUGGUAUUUUUCAGGUUUUUAUUCAGGAAAAAUGAGUGUUCUAAAAGAAUUAAAUAAACUGUAG